AUGUUAUCUCGAAUUCAAUCACAGGCUAUGAGGCCAUUAAUACUGAGAAGUGGAUUUGUAGGAAUUAGAACUUUCCAUAGUGGAUUAAUAAGGUUUAAUGCAACCACUGCCACAAGUACUACCACUGGUAGAAGUACUAAUACUCCUAAACGUAUAAUUACACUUGAUAAAGAAUUGCCUGAUCCAUUUUCUAAGCAGAAGAAGAAUAGACUCUAUUUUGUAGCUUAUGGUAUUGGAAUCAUUGUUUCAUGUAUCAUUAUCUUCAAUUAUGAAAAGACUCAAUCACCAAUUAUUACUUCAGCAUUAUAUUUCUUAAGAAGAUCUGAAACUGCUAAAAAAUUACUUGGUAGUGAUAUUAAUUAUGCUAGUAGUUGGCCUUGGAUUUGGGGAGAAUUGAAUACUGUCAAGGGAGACAUUGAUAUUACUUUUGAUAUUAGUGGGGAUAAUGGUGCGCAAGGUACUAUUAAAUUAAAGGCUACCAGAAUUUCAAGAGCACAUCCAUUUGAUAUCCAUCACUUUUUGUUAGUUGUUGAUAACAAGGAAUACGAUUUGUCAAAGGACAAUGCUUUGCAAUUUGGUUUAUGA